CCUAGCGACUUCCGCUCUUGGCUGAGCAACAUGGAAGCAGCUACCCGCCGGCCGGGCGGCUGCUGAGCAGUCGCGGAAGCCUCCCCCCUUUAGGGGCGGCCGGACCGCCUCUCUGCCCUCCAGCCCCACGCUCGCCUCCCUGCGGCCGGCCGGCCUGGCCCUACAUGGGGGCGGGCCUCUGCAGCCUGGACUCGGCUUCCUGUUCAGAGGCGGCCUGGCGCUAGGCGGCGGCCACUCUGCCCGCGCCCGCCUCGGUGCGGUCACCGAGCCCGGGAGGAGGCUCCAGGGCCGCAUCUCAGGCGGUUGCCCCGAGCCGGGCUGUGUGCCGCCAUGGCCCCAGUGCAGCUGGAGAACCACCAGCUGAUCGCUUCUGGUGGCGGCGGUGGCAGCAGUGGCGGCGGUGGCAGCAGCAGCGGCUCCGCGUCUGCCCCGGCUCCCCCGCCGCCUGGAGCCGCCGUGGCGGCGGCAGCUGCGGCUGCGGCUAGCCCUGGAUACCGGCUUAGCACGCUCGUCGAAUUUCUGCUUCACCGGGCCUACUCGGAGCUUAUGGUGUUGACGGACUUAUUGCCAAGGAAAUCUGAUGUGGAAAGGAAAAUAGAAAUUGUACAGUUUGCUAGCCGGACACGUCAACUCUUCGUUCGAUUAUUAGCUUUAGUAAAAUGGGCCAAUGAUGCUGGCAAAGUAGAAAAGUGUGCGAUGAUCUCCAGCUUUUUAGAUCAGCAAGCCAUCUUAUUUGUGGAUACCGCUGACCGCUUGGCCUCCUUAGCUAGAGAUGCCCUGGUCCAUGCACGCCUGCCUAGUUUUGCUAUCCCAUAUGCCAUUGAUGUACUGACUACUGGCUCUUAUCCACGGCUUCCAACCUGCAUCAGAGACAAAAUUAUUCCUCCAGACCCAAUUACCAAAAUUGAGAAACAAGCCACACUUCAUCAACUUAAUCAGAUUCUUAGACAUAGGCUUGUAACGACAGAUCUUCCCCCACAGCUAGCAAAUCUUACAGUGGCAAAUGGCCGUGUGAAGUUUCGAGUUGAAGGAGAAUUUGAAGCAACCUUGACAGUGAUGGGUGAUGACCCAGAAGUCCCAUGGCGUCUUCUUAAGCUAGAAAUUCUAGUUGAGGAUAAGGAAACUGGAAAUGGGCGAGCUUUGGUUCAUAGCAUGCAGAUCAACUUUAUUCAUCAGCUGGUCCAGUCUAGGCUCUUUGCUGAUGAGAAACCUCUUCAGGACAUGUACAACUGCCUACAUUGUUUCUGCUUAUCGCUUCAAUUAGAAGUAUUACAUUCCCAGAUGCUAAUGUUAAUCCGAGAGAGGUGGGGAGACCUUGUACAGGUGGAAAGAUAUCAUGCUGGAAAGUGCCUCUCCCUCUCAGUUUGGAAUCAACAGGUUCUAGGGAGAAAAACAGGCACAGCAUCUGUUCACAAAGUUACAAUUAAAAUCGAUGAGAAUGAUGUCUCCAAGCCUUUACAGAUUUUUCAUGAUCCUCCUUUGUCAGCUUCUGAUUCUAAAUUAGUAGAAAGAGCCAUGAAGAUUGACCACUUAUCAAUAGAAAAGCACCUGAUUGACAGUGUACACGCAAGAGCCCACCAGAAGCUGCAGGAACUGAAGACCAUUCUUAGAAGCUUCAAUGCUAACGAAAACUCUUCCAUAGAGACUGCACUUCCAGCUCUUAUUGUACCCAUCUUGGAGCCCUGUGAUAAUUCGGAGUUGGUGAGAGCCAUAGACCCAAGGAUCCGUCAUAGGUUGCAGGCCUUCACGGUGAGAGCUAUAGACCCAGCGAUCCGUCAUUGGCUUCAGGCCUUCAAAGCGCACCUCUUUUACAUACAGACCAAAGCCACGGCAUGCCUAUAA